AUGAGAAAUAAAUUCGUUUCAAGGAUAGGCACUUUUAAGGACAGCGUGUUCUUCGACAAGGGCUGGAGAGGAUUCGAGAAAUCAGAGCCUGGUGCUUUUUAUUCUUUUGCUAUUUUCUGUGUUGCUCCUUUCCUUCCUGUAGUUUCAUAUUUUGGAUUCAAGUGGUUUGGUGGAAUUGAUAUCACCAAAGCAUACCCACAUAUUGACUCUAGAGAAAAAUUUGUCUUCUUUAACGACAAGUCAUCUGGAAAGGAUGACGUAGGAGCAGUGUUUGAAUAUCACUAUGAUGAUGGAACCAAACAAGUUGUUUUCAACAAGUAA